CCCUUCCUGCCGGUUCCUCUCCUCCCCAGUCCCAACCUCUGAACACCGGCGAGCGCCGCCUUCACCGCCACCAGCACGAACUUACCGAAUCCAGAGCUCCCGCCUGUCAUCCCGCCGUCGCCCCGGCAUUAGUUCCGCUGUCCUCUACCUCGUGCCUCCCCGCCCGCAGGUCAUCCACGACCCCUCGUGUUUCUCCAUCUGCACCGGUGACCUCGACACCCAUCUACACCGGCCUUCGUCUUGGUAUCCCUGCUGUUCUGCUCUUCACUCUCGGAUACAACCCACAGGUGAAGAGGCAUGGAGGAGGAAGAAAUCAUCGAGGAAGAACUUUUGCUGGUGGAGUCUCAACUCAAUGGACUACAAGACAAAAUCAAGACAUUACUUGAUCAGCAAGAAGAAUUGUAUGAGCGCCAAGCACAGUUGAAGGCUUUGCUGGAAAUAUCUAAAACUUCCAGAGAUACAUCAAAUAGUGCCCCUUCAGUUCCUCUGGAAGAUUGGUCUGGAAAGUUCUCAUGGGAUUCUCAGGUUGAUGACACUCGAUUCAAUGUAUUUGGUAUUUCUUCCUACAGGUCAAAUCAACGAGAAAUAAUUAACUCCAUCAUGAGCGGAAAAGAUGUUCUGGUUAUAAUGGCUGCUGGUGGAGGGAAGAGUCUGUGUUAUCAACUUCCAGCUGUACUUCGUGAUGGAAUUACACUUGUCGUCAGUCCUUUGCUUUCGCUUAUUCAGGACCAGGUCAUGGGACUGGCGGCCUUAGGUAUACCAGCUCACAUGUUGACUUCCACUACCAACAAGGAAAUCGAGAAGUUCAUUUAUAAGGCACUUGAAAAAGGUGAAGGGGAAUUGAAGAUAUUGUAUGUGACACCUGAAAAGAUAUCCAAAAGUAAAAGGUUCAUGUCUAAGCUUGAGAAAUGCCAUCAUGCUGGGCGUCUUUCUCUUGUUGCAAUAGAUGAGGCACACUGCUGCAGCCAAUGGGGGCACGAUUUCCGUCCAGACUACAAGAAUCUGGGCAUAUUGAAGAUCCAGUUUCCCAGUGUUCCCAUGAUAGCUUUAACUGCAACUGCAACAAGUAAAGUGCAAAUGGAUCUGAUAGAGAUGCUUCAUAUCCCAAGAUCUGUCAAGUUUGUCAGCACUGUUAACAGACCCAACCUUUUCUAUAGAGUAUAUGAGAAGUCAUCAGUUGGAAAGGUUGUUAUUGAUGAGAUUGCAAAUUUCAUAAGCGAAUCAUAUCCAAAUAACGAAUCCGGGAUAGUGUAUUGUUUUUCCAGGAAAGAAUGUGAACAGGUUGCCAAAGAAUUGCGUGGAAGGGGUAUUUCAGCAGAUUAUUAUCAUGCAGAUAUGGAUGUUGUUGCUCGUGAGAAAGUUCAUAUGCGUUGGAGUAAAAGCAAAUCACAGGUCAUUGUUGGAACAGUGGCGUUCGGAAUGGGAAUCAAUAAACCAGACGUCAGGUUUGUGGUUCAUCAUAGCCUUAGCAAAUCUAUGGAGACAUACUACCAGGAAAGUGGUCGGGCAGGGAGAGAUGGACUGCCUUCAGAAUGUGUUCUAUAUUAUCGGCCUGGUGACGUUCCCCGCCAAAGUUCAAUGGUCUUCUAUGAAAACUGUGGUCUGCAAAAUCUUUAUGACAUAGCACGAUAUUGUCAGUCUAAGAAAAACUGCCGUCGUGGUGCUUUCUUUCAACAUUUUGGAGAGGCCGUGCAGGAAUGCAACGGAAUGUGUGACAACUGUGUUUCCAGUAUUGAGCUCAAGGACAUAGAUGCUACCUACCAUACAAAAAUCAUUGUUUCACUUCUCCAAGAAAUGCAACAAAAUGACCAAAGAGCUACAUUGCUGCAGCUAGUGGAUAAGUUCAAAACAAAGUGGAAACAUUCAGGUUGUUCAAAUGAAGCAGUUGAUCUUAAGAAGGAGGAAAUUGAGCAGCUGAUAGUUCAACUUAUACUUGACCGUGUUUUGAAAGAAGAAUUUCAGCAUACUGCAUAUACAACAAAUGCAUAUGUUGUCUUAGGACCACUGUGGAAGCCAGCAUUGCAAGGGAAUAGACCGGUGAAGCUAACUAGUGCUAGUCACUCUCAAGAUAGUGGUGAUAGAUUCAAAAGUGCGAAGCGCAAUCAGAUGAGCAAUUUGGAAGCUAAAUUGGAUGACCUGCGUAGAACCAUCUCUUCUCGUAAUGGGGGCAUAUUCCCGCAUGCAGUUCUUUCCACGGAGCAAAUUUCCCUGCUAAACUGCCAUACACCAACCACUAUUGCCGAGCUAGAAAAGCUGAUAGGGAAGGUAAAGACCGACAAGUAUGGUAGCGACAUCAUUGAGGUGAUGCGGUCAGAAACUGGCAGUGGAAAGGACAGUGGUGAUGGAGCUAAGAGGCAAAAGAAAGAUAAGGGUGUUGUUUUCGUCGAGAGUAGCGAGGAAGGCUAGCAUUAUCAUGGGUGAGUCAAGUGUGCAUGCUCUGACAAGGUGGGAGAGUGUUUAAACAAACCAUCCUAGAGUAGUUGAACGGAAGUAAGCAAUAUUAGCAAAUCAGGAUGAAUGACUGAAAUUUUACCGAGCUGGUUACCAGGAAGAUAAGACGGUGAUCAAAAGGGUGUAGAAAGAUGGAGCCUCUGCUCACACCAAAUGGAGUGAAGCUGUAAAACCCUUGGAGGAUUAUGAUAACGAAGCAGAUGUGUUGGUGUGACUUGACUAGUUGUGGUUGGCUGAAAUAACAUUUUUUGUUGCUAUUACCAUUUUUCUGGCUCAAGAAUAUUGAUUCCUUCAGAGAAUAUACUGCUGA